UGACUGUGCACGGGGGUCACACUGUAUAUAAAGGCUGAGGGCGAGCGACGGCUGAGAAAGGGAAAAAACAAGUUAGAAAGCCAGUCACAAAAAAAGAAUCGAAUACAGAAAGUGAUCAAAUAAAAGAAGAGCAGAGAAGAACAGUGCUUCAUAUUUCUCACACCCAAACCUCCGAGCCAGAGGGACCACGAGAAGAUUUGACUUUCUCCGCCUCCUUUUUUGUUUCCCUUGACUCUCCUCCUCUGCUUCACCCGACGCUCACAGCCAUCCAUGAGUGUGACCAACUCCUCUGCCUAUCGAUCGGAGCGCAGUUUCCACCAGACCUCAUCAACUUCGUCAACCUCCUCCUCUGCUAACCCAUACAUGGAGAAGAGCCGGGGACUGUUCGCCGAGGACUUUGGCUCCUUCAUGAGGCCUGCGACAGAUUUCUCCAGUGGAGGUGGAAAUAUCAAGACUGUUGACGACUCGUACCAAUUCACGGUUGAUGUGAGAGACUUCUCCCCCGAGGACGUCAUCGUCACCACAUCCAACAACCAAAUAGAAGUCCGUGCAGAGAAGCUGGCCCAGGACGGGUCAGUGAUGAACACUUUCACCCACAAGUGCCAGCUGCCUGAGGAUGUGGACCCCACCUCGGUGACGUCUUCCCUGGGGGCUGAGGGGACCCUCACGGUCCGGGCGCGGAGACACCCGGCCAAACACGAGCUCGUACAGACCUUCCGCACCGAGAUCAAGAUCUGAAGACAGAUGGGCUUUCUCAUCAGAAGCCACCUCACUUCUCUAGUUGUUCCUCUCUGUGCUUUCAUCGGUUUACUUCAAACACUACAAAACAUGUCGAGUUCACUUCUCAUCACUGACACAGCGCCUGUUGCUGCUCUUUUAUAUUCUGAGUUAUUUCACUUUAGAGGUCAUCAGUGCACAUAAUGAGACACUGAUUCAUUUGGAGCAUUAAAUGAUAAAUUCACCACUUUACUUCUGUCCUCUGACACAUUUGUAGAACAGUUUGAAAAUGCUUGAUAUUAAGUUAUUGUAUAUUACUUGUGUGAAUAAAAUGAUCCUGUUUUAAC